AUGGCGCAAGACACGACUGUACACGCGGUGCCUGCAAGCAGCCUGAAAUCCACCAUCCUCCAUCUAGCCAAGCGCGUCGAGGCGCUCCUCGCCCGGCAGGCGUCCUCCGACACGCCAUCCCGGAUCCUAGUCGCGCUGGCUGGCGUUCCCGGGUCCGGAAAAUCUACCGUGUCGGCAGCGCUGCUGGUGGAGCUUGCUGCAAGAGGGAUAGCCGAUGUUGCUGUUGUUCCUAUGGACGGUUUCCACCUCACCAAAAAGCAACUCUCCGCUCUACCAAAUUCAGAAGAAGCCUUCGCCCGCCGCGGCGCCCCAUUUACUUUCGACGCCCCCUCCUUCCUCUCCCUCGUUCAAUCCCUCGCCGUCACACCCCUUCCCACCCCCUCCUCCCCGUCCCCAGAAACCUUCCUCUACGCCCCCAGCUUCGACCACGCCCUUCAAGAUCCCGUAAAAGACGGCAUACCCAUCUCCUCACGCACGCGUCUCAUCAUCGUUGAAGGGAAUUACGUCCUGCUGGAUGAGGAGCCGUGGCGCGAUGUCGCGGCGCUGUGUGCGGAGAAGUGGUUCGUGGAUACGCCACGGAAGGUGGUGCUAGAGAGACUAGUAGGGCGGCAUCUAGCUGCGGGGAUUGAGACGGAUGUGGAGGAGGCGGUGAAGAGGGUUGAGGCGAAUGAUUUGCCCAAUGGGGAUGUAAUUAGGGAGAGAUUGAUUAUACCGGAUGUUAUGGUUGAGAAUUGA